CGUUUGCUUAUUAUCAAUUGUUUUUUAUACUCGCUCACAUUUUAUUUGGAAUAUAAGUCGUAUUUUGUUCGCCCUCCAGAAGAGAAGCAGCAGAAAAACUCCGGGAAUAAUUUCUAACAAAAAAUCUAUUUGUGAAUAUUAAAUUUUUGAUAUUUUGCAGUUAAGCGAAUCUCAUUCAAAAUGACUACCUAUUUCACCUACCCAUCCGCUGAAUUGCAAAAGGAACUUACCCGUAUUGCCCAGGCCAUCGUUGCCCCCGGCAAGGGUAUUCUCGCUGCUGAUGAGUCCGUCUCCACCAUGGGCAAGCGCUUGAAGGACAUUGGUGUUGAAAACACUGAAGAUAACCGUCGCGCAUACCGUCAACUUUUGUUCACCGCUGACCCUAAGGUCGCCGAUAACAUUUCUGGCGUUAUCUUGUUCCACGAAACCUUGUACCAAAAGGCUGAUGAUGGUACUCCCUUCGUUGAAUUGUUGAAGAAGCGCGGUAUCAUUCCCGGCAUUAAGGUCGACAAGGGUGUUGUCCCAUUGAUGGGCUCUGAAGAUGAAUGCACCACCCAAGGUUUGGAUGAUUUGGCUGCCCGUUGCGCCCAAUACAAGAAGGACGGUUGUGACUUCGCUAAGUGGCGUUCCGUCUUGAAGAUCGGCAAGAACACCCCCUCUUACCAAGCCAUCCAAGAGAACGCCACCGUUUUGGCCCGUUAUGCCUCCAUCUGCCAAUCUCAAGGUAUUGUCCCCAUUGUUGAACCCGAAGUUUUGCCCGAUGGUGAACACGAUUUGGAGCGUGCCCAAAAGGUCACUGAAACCGUUUUGGCUGCCUGCUACAAGGCCUUGAACGACCACCACGUCUUCUUGGAAGGUACUUUGUUGAAACCCAACAUGGUCACCGCCGGUCAAUCCUGCCCCAAGAAGAACACACCCCAAGAAGUUGCUUUGGCUACCGUCACCGCUUUGCGCAGAACCGUACCAGCUGCUGUUCCCGGCAUCACCUUCUUGUCUGGUGGUCAAUCUGAGGAAGAAGCCUCCGUUCACUUGAACGCUAUUAACCAAGUUCCUUUGUUGAAGCCAUGGGCUUUGACCUUCUCCUACGGCCGUGCUUUGCAAGCUUCCGUACUCCGCGCCUGGGGCGGCAAGAAGGAAAAUGUCGCUGCUGGCCAAAACGAAUUGAUCAAGCGUGCUAAGGGUAAUGGUGAAGCCGCUGUUGGCAAAUAUGUUGCCGGUAGUGUUGUUGGUGCUGGUGCCGAUGCCACUUUGUUCGUUGCCAACCAUGCUUAUUAAUUUAUUCAAGAGUUCGAGAAACGUUAAUUGUUUAUUGCAAUUUAUUUAUUAAGGACAAACAAAGAAGAAAUUACAAAUUUAGAACAGUAAUUAUUAUGAUGAUGAAGACAUUAAGAAAAACCGUGUUAUUAGAAAAGCAACAACAUCAUAAAUAAGCAUAAUUUAGAAGACAACUCUUACAACAUCAUUACAUUAUAUAAUUUAUUUAUAUUUUAAUUGUUAAGCACAAAAUAAAUUUAAAAAAAAAUCAUUAACAAAAAACAAUAAAAAAAAAACAUAAAAAAAUCAUCAACAACUUGAAAUGUCUUUUUCUUCAAAAAAAAAAUAAAUAAAAUAAAAACCUUGUACCUCACACAAAUUUUAUAUUACAUGUUAAGAAACUGAAUUUAGAAUGCUUAAUAAUUGUUAUAAAAAAAAGAAGAGGCACCUUUGUAUUUAGAAAAAAAAUGCUUUAUAUUAGUUUGAAAAAUAUUCUUGAAGAAGAACUUAAGAGAAGAUACAAGAAAAGUAAUUAUAAUACAAAUAUGUGUUAGUUUUAACUACCAUAUCGAUGUUAAAUAAAUCCCAUCUAUAAAUAAUUAUUUAAAUUAUAAUAAAAUCGUAACUAUUGUUAUAAAUGUUGUUAAAGGUAAAUAAUAAAGCAUUCAUUUAUUAAAAAAAAAGUCAAAUAA